AUGGAUCAAACCAAGGCGCCGGACGCCAUUGCGCCUGCGGAGCAGCAGUCACAUGGAUUGCCCGCCAACGGCCGUCGAGAUUCGACAACGUCCAUGUCCAAAAUCAUCGAAGAUGCCAAAAAUGCAACGGAUAAGGAACGCAAGAUGACCCUGUUGCAGGGCAUUAAGACCUACCCCAAGGCCGUUGCUUGGAGUGUCAUUAUCUCGACCUGUAUCGCCAUGGAGGCCUACGAUAUCAGUUUGGUUAACAACUUCUACGCCUUUCCUCAGUUCAACCGCAAAUACGGUGAAUUAAUGGCAGAUGGAACGUAUCAGGUACCGGCCAGGUGGCAAGCAGGUCUUAGCAACGGUGCGUACGUUGGUGAAAUUAUCGGUCUCUUCUUCAAUGGCUGGGCCUCCGAACGAAUUGGUUAUCGCUACACAAUCAUGGCUUGUCUCCUUUUGCUCAGUGCCUUUACAACUAUCUUCUUCACCGCACCAAAUGUUAAAGCUCUUCUGGCCGCCGAGAUCCUAUGCGGUAUCCCAUGGGGUGUUUUCCAGACCUUGACCAUCACCUACGCUUCCGAGGUGUGCCCUGUUGCGUUGCGAGGCUACCUUACAACCUAUGUCAAUUUUUGCUGGGGUCUAGGACAACUUAUCGGUGUCGGUGUGAUAAAAUCAAUGUUGAAACGGGACGAUCAAUGGGCCUACCGAAUUCCCUAUUCACUGCAAUGGAUGUGGCCGGCUCCGCUGCUCAUAGGGAUCUUUUUAGCUCCCGAAUCGCCAUGGUGGCUGGUCAGAAGGGGCCGGAUUGAGGAUGCCAAGCGAUCGCUUUAUCGCUUGACCAGUGUCAACAGAGAAACGGAUUUUGACGCAGAUGAAACUAUCGCCAUGAUGGUCCAUACAACCGCCUUGGAGGAGAAGAUCACAAAGGGAGCCAGCUACAUGGACUGUUUCAGAGGAACGGAUCUACGCCGGACGGAGAUUGUCUGUAUGGCUUGGGCUAUGCAGAAUUUAAGCGGCAACUCUUUCUCGAAUUAUUCUACCUACUUUCUGGAGCAAGCAGGAUUGAGCUCUUCCUCCUCCUACUCCUUUGCAAUGGGCCAGUACGGCAUCAACAUGGUUGCUGUGUUUGGCUCAUGGUUCCUUAUGACCUUGGGUUGUGGCCGAAGGUCUCUUUAUCUGUACGGUCUGUGUGGUCUCUGCGCCAUGUUGCUCGUGAUGGGAUUCCUCGGGCUUGUUCCCGACCAACACAGAGACCAAGCAUCCCUCGCCACGGGCUGCAUGAUGAUUAUCUGGGCCCUAUUUUACCAAUUGACUGUCGGAACCGUGGCCUACUCAAUCGUGGCUGAAGUAUCCACCCGCCGCCUCCAGAUCAAGACAGUCGUCCUAGGCCGCAACCUGUACAACGUCGUCGCCAUCAUCUCUGGUGUUCUAACUCCCUACAUGCUCAACCCCAGCGCCUGGAACUGGGGCAACUAUGCCGGCUUUUUCUGGGGAGGUCUCUGCUUCCUUUGUAUCAUCUACACCUACUUCCGGCUUCCUGAACCCAACGGCCGCUCCUUCGCCGAGCUCGACGUCCUCUUCGAACGUGGAGUCAGUGCCCGCAAAUUCGCCAGUACCGAGGUCAACGUCUUCGAAGAAACCAUUGAGGGCCGAGUUAUUGACGACUUCCAAACCAAGAAGGCGACGGCAGACGUAACGCAGGUGGAAAAAGAUGCUGCCGGUUCGACGUGA